CAAAUGGGUUCUGGGGCCUCAGGUUGCAGACUCCUGGUUCAGAACCUCCAAGCAACCUUCACAGCAGACAUUGCAGCAGGAGUUCAUUCUGGGGCUACACCUCCCUCUGCUGGACAUUAACGGUAUUGCUGUCAAAUGUUUUCAACCUUUAGUCACUGAAGUCAUCAAGUCAGAGGGGUUUUGCAUUGGGGGGCGGAAACAAAAGGUGUCGAAAGAGAGACUCUGAUCUUAUUGGAUGCCUUUGUUCUUUCAAAUUGCAGUGGCGGGUCUGUUCUUAUCAGCCAGAGGGAUCUAAAUGGAAGACAACAAACUGUUAUCAUACUUGGAUUUUUUACCUUUUUAUUUUAUAUUAUUUUGGAUGCUAGAGUAAAGUAGAGAUGAUGGCACAGAUUUGUCAGGGAAUCGAUAAACCAAGCAGACCGAGAGAGGAGCUGAGCCUCAUGCUGGUUGGUGAUGGAGCAGUGGGCAAGACAACCAUGAUAAUCAGCUACAUCUUCAAUGGCUACAACAGCGAGUACAAGCAAACAGCAUUUGAUGUUUUCACUGGUCUAAUUCAUGUGAAUGGAGUUCCUAUCCGUUUGAAAUUAAUUGAUACUGCCGGACAGGAAGAAUUUGGCCACCUUCGCUCUCUCUGCUUUCCCCAUGUGGAUGUUUUCAUCCUCUGCUUCAGCCUGGUCAAUCCACGCUCCUUUGCCAACAUCUCCUCCAAAUGGAUCCCACAGAUCCGCACGGCCAACAGGACCUCUCCCAUUGUUCUGGUGGGAAGCCAGUCAGACCUCUGUCACAAUGUGGGCAUCCUCAUUCACCUAGACCACCAGAGAACCAGACCAGUAAGCAGUAAGAAAGCCAAAAGACUUGCUCACAGAAUCAGAGCUCACAGCUUCAUAGAGUGUUCGGCUUUAACUCAGCACAACCUCAAAGAUGUGUUUGACCAUGCUGUGUACGCUGCCUUUGAACAGAAAGACUCCAAAUCUAGAAAGUUUUCUUUGGUCAGACGUUUGAAGUCUUUUUUGGACAGUAUUGGAGGAAAGUGAUUGAAACUUUUUAAAGAAAACAAAUGUGAAUUUGUGUAUUUGAAAUGUGUGGACCCUGCACAAAAAGCACAAGACUGCAAACUUUAAUUUUUUCAACUUUUUUUCCAGAAUACACUUCAACAAAAAGCUUUAAGGAUGCAUACAACUUCGAUAGUUUUUAAUAAAGUUCUGCAGUCAAUUGUUGUCUAAAGUUUGCUCUCUGAAAGUUACAGUUGGGGAAGGAUCGGAGGGAAAAUGCAGACCCCACAAUUCAGGACAAAUGGUCACCUGCUGUUCCUUUGAAGAGUCAAUUAACAAGACAAAAGCUACUUAAAUC